AUGUUGCGACUCUCACUCCUUCUGGCCAAUGCGGUCUCGGCGAACGGGAUCUGCCUUGACGGAUGGACGCUGCAGGAGGCCACGUGCUUCUUGGUGUCGAAUUCGUCCGGCAACUGGUUCGAAGGGCAAGAUUUCUGCUACCGCUUCGGGGCCUCGUUGGCCGUUGUGUCGAGUGCCUACCAACAAGGAGCGCUCUCGGGUAUGUUGAACGGAGACACCUGGAUUGGCCUCCACGGUCUGAAUUUCGACCAUACUUACUCAUGGGGUGAUGGAAGUCCUUUUAUUUUCUCCAGCUGGGCGGAAGGUAAACCCACCGUCUCGGGAAGCUUCUGGAACCUCGGAAAAAUCGAAGCCUGCGUCGAAAUGCGACAGGAGUUUCAGUACCACUGGAAUAACGCUCACUGCGAUUCAUGUGCAGCCGCCCAGCUCCAGCACCCACCUGUGAGGAUUGGCCUCGGCGGCGUGCUGGCCUCCAUCACCAGCGAGGACGAGCAGGCGUUCGUGAGCGGUCUGCUGAACAGCAGCGCCUGGAUCGGUCUCAGUGAUCAGGAAACGGAAGGAGAGUUUACCUGGGAGGAUGGCAGUCCUUUUAACUACGACAGCUGGGAGGAAGGGGAACCCGACAACUUGUACAUGUACCUGAGCAUCGGCGUGGGCGAGGACUGCGUCGAGAUGAAGCAGGAGUACGACUACCGCUGGAACGACGAGUUCUGUCUCGCUGCAAAGGCGUUUGUGUGCGAAAGACCUGAGUAA